GACUGGGGAGUGGAGGACUGGCCAAUCUGGAAGGCACGGUGCGCGGGCUCCCUGGCAGCAUACAAGGCAUACGCAAAGACGGUCAUCACAGGACGCUGUCUUGCUGCCCGUGCGCAAGCCCUGGACGGCCACCCCUACGUCCAGUUGCGGCCGUGUGUGAGCCAGGAUCUUGCCAAGGGCUACGCCCUUGGGCUCCCUACCUCGUGUCUGCGUGCUCAGCGGUCGGUUUCGCGCCUCCGCGCGGGCCUCCUGACCCUCACGCACCGCAACCGCAGGCGCUCAUGGGCUAGGCUGCAGUACUGCAUUUUCUGCGAGGCCACCUUGGCUCCAGAAGAGGGCCUCUCCCAUGCUCUCAAUGUGUGCGGCGCAUGGACAAAGGGGCGCGCAGCCUUCGGCCAAGCCCCGGGGGUGGGCGCGGGCGCGGAGCCAGGGGCCUCCCUGGGGGCCGAACCGGGGUCGCCGGGCUACCAGCAGCUGGCAGAGUGGGCAGGUGCUCUGGACUCUAGUGCCACGGAGUUCUGGAGCGGAGCCCCUUGA